AUGGAGAUGACAGAAGAGUUUACAAAAUACAAGGAUCAAAUGAUCCUUAAAAGAAAGCGUACAAAGCCGCUAAGGUCAUCACACUCUAGCUCAUCGAGCGGUGGUGGUUGUGGUGGCGGUAGAGGCGGAAAUGAGUUCCGUUUAUUGGUUUCAUCUCCCACAACCACAACAACAUCAAGUGGAAUAUCGACAAGUACUGAGGAAGAUGAAGACAUGGCCAAUUGUCUAAUUCUUUUAGCACAAAGUGGUGACAAGGUGGAGAAAUUUAGUAGCCAAAAAUUCUCAGAAAUGGCCAAUAUAACACAUGGAAAGGUUGGCAUCUAUGUUUAUGAAUGCAAAACUUGCAAUAGAACUUUUCCAUCAUUUCAAGCUUUAGGUGGGCACAGAGCAAGUCACAAAAAGCCCAAGUCUUCAUCAGAUGAUCAGAAAAAAUCAUCACCGUUCGAUCACAAGGACGAAGAAAAGACAUUGCUCAUCACUAGGCUUAGUCCACCACCUUCGAUCCAAUCAUCAAGCAAAGUUGAUAUUAAGCCUAAAAUCCAUGAGUGUUCAAUAUGUGGUUCAGAGUUUUCAUCAGGACAAGCAUUGGGAGGUCACAUGAGAAGGCAUAGGACAGCACCAAAUACUAGUAGAAGUGGCACCGAUGAUUCUGAGAAACAUAGAAAUAUUCUUGCUUUGGAUCUUAACCUCCCGGCACCACCGGAGGAUGAUCACCGGCCGGAUGAAAAGUUUCUUCUCUUCUCAUCCCCGGCCUUAGUCGACUGCCACUACUAG